UAAUUCACUCUUUUGCUGUUCCUUCUCUUGGUGUUAAGCUUGAUUGCAUCCCAGGUAGAUUGAACCAAUUCUCUCUUGUUAUUAACCGUGAAGGGGUCUUCUAUGGACAAUGUUCUGAACUGUGCGGGGUGUUACAUGGAUUUAUGCCUGUGGUUAUUGAGGCGGUUUCUCUUGAGCAGUAUUUGGCCUGGCUCUCUGACCAAAUUUCCCCCCUAUUUAACAAAGAAGGAUCCCCCUCUGAAGCCCCUAAGGCCCCGGGGAUGCUUUUAACUACCCUCGCUUGGGCUCAACAGCUAGCGAGGAGAAACCACAGCGAGGAGAGCAAGGCAAAGUUUAGCGGGGCUAAUAAUGGUCAAUCUAAACCUCCAACCGACAAUCUCUCGCCGCAUAAAACGGGCUCUUUGAAUUCGACGGUAGACAAUGCCGUAAUCAACCAAAAUGAUAACGAGUUUGUCUUCCACCUUUUUGGUCUUUUUGAGUAUCUAGGCAUUGUCGGAGCUACUCUGCUAAUUUAUAAGCGAAGCGGGAAUUCUACUACUUCUUAUCAGUUUUCAACCUACACUCUGCCGAUCUUUACUGAACUCCAUAACUCUGGUAAAGACCAGUAUAUUACACGAAUCCCUAAACGAGAAGUUCCCCAAAGUGCAGUCACUGGUAUCCGUUCAAAUCCAUCAUUCAAUGUGUUACCGUGUUGGGCUCGUCAUGCCCCUUUCUUCUUAACACUUAAAUACCAUCCCCCCUCCCUUUACUACUGGUAUCAUCAAAGGAACGGCUAUGUUGGAAUGGUAGACAAGCGUGACUUAGGUUCUCGUGGUAGAUAUACCGUGUGGGUUCAAAUCCCUCUAGCCGUAUUGGGGGAGAUCCUCCCCUUAUCAGUACAAGUUAGAAAGAAGGCAACGACGAUACCAGAUGGUGUAAAAUAG